ACCGGCGUCGUUGCAAUCGCAAGAAUGAUCGCGACGGCGCACUUCGGGCUUACUCGGUUCUCGCCUACCUUUAAACAAGCACUAGCGGUGCGCAGCCGAUCUGCCAGGCCUUCCUGCCCGUCGAAGGGGGCGAGUUUCACGCGGCUCGUACCUGGGCCAAGCGAAGCGAAGGUGGGGUUCGGGCCCGUUCACGUUGUUCUCGUCGGUCUCGUCCGUCAGGUAAGUCCAGUCGACAGAGACCCGGUGGUUAGAACGGUUGGCUUCGAGCGUCGUUGAUCGCGAUCGAGAAUUUCGUUGACCAGAAGAUCACAUCUCCAUGGGCCGUAAGCGUCGUGCCGAGUGUCAAUCCCCAUGGUAAAGGCGCCGCGACGCCCACCAUUCGUCAGGACGCGCACCUCCACCGUUUGUGCGCGUGUGUGUUUCACAUCACCGCGUCAGCUGGUCGGUCCUGAAGAUAGUUACAAAAUACCGAACCACCUCGGGGCCCAGACGAGGAAAUGACGGUAUCGUACGCCAGCGAGGUGCCGAACGGCUCGAGUUUCGGCUGCUUCUGGAGGAUACUUUGCAAGUGGCGAGGAUCGGUGUACAAAUUGAUAUGGCGGGAGCUAAUAGCUUAUCUCAUCGUUUACUACAUCAUCAAUUUCACGUAUCGAUACGCUCUUAACGAAGACCAGCAAAAGAUAUUCGAAAGGAUACGACACUACUUUGGAAAUUCAAGCGAAUCCAUCCCAAUGUCCUUCGUCCUGGGCUUUUACGUGAGUCUGGUCGUGAAGAGGUGGUGGGAGCAGUACAAACUUUUACCCUGGCCAGACAACCUGGCGCUUUUCAUCAGCGCUGCUAUUCCAGGAAACGAUGAAAGGGGUCGGCUGAUGCGUCGGAACAUCGUCAGGUACGCGGUGCUCGCCUACGUCAUCACGCUGCAACGAAUCUCCUUGAGGGUUAAACGUCGCUUCCCAACGUUACAGCACAUCGUAGAUGUCGGUCUGAUGAUGGAAUCGGAGAAAAAGAUAUUCGAAAUGAUGAACAAAAAGGCAGCGAUGUCCAAGUACUGGAUGCCCCUCGUCUGGGCGACCAAUAUCAUCAACAGGGCCCGGAAAGAGGCUCUUAUUACCAGCGACCAGGUCGUCCAAACUCUCCUUGUCGAGCUUAGCGACAUUCGUAAGCGACUGGGAGCCCUAAUCGGUUACGACACAGUCUGCGUGCCGCUGGUUUACACUCAGGUGGUUACUCUAUCGCUGUACGCGUACUUUUUUGCGGCGCUUCUGGGUCGUCAGUUUAUACCAAGAGCCGAAGGAAGCGGUGGAAAAUACGAAGAGCCUGACAUGUACUUUCCGUUCUUCACCGCGCUGCAGUUCUGCUUCUACGUGGGAUGGCUUAAAGUUGCCGAAGUCCUGAUAAAUCCUUUUGGCGAGGACGAUGACGACAUCGAGCUGAACUGGCUGAUAGAUCGACACAUAAAGGCGGGGUACAUGAUAGUGGACGAGAUGCACGAAGAGCAUCCGGAGCUUUUGAAGGACCAGUAUUGGGACGACGUAGUGCCGAAGGACCUGCCAUACACAGUGGCGAGCGAGCAGUACAGGAGAGAGGAGCCGAAGGGUUCGGCGGAGCUUUACAAAAUUAAGGAGAGCGACGCCCUUUACGCGAACGUGCUCCUGGGUACGGACGACCACAACCAUAGUCAGCACCGCAAAAGCGCACAGGACGAGGUCUUCGCCGACUACGAAAGCGUUGACACGCCGCUCGUCGAGAGGAGAAAAAAUUGGCUUCAGCGUCAAAUAACGAGGAUGGGCUCCGUGAGAAGCUCUUCGACGACCUACAGCAGUGGAGGUGGUUUCUUUUCCCGUAACAGGCACAACAGCGUUUACAGUAGUCCAGAGGCUGGCGGCCUCCCGCAGGCCACCAACCCUAACCAGAAGAUGUCCUUGUACGACCGUUUUGUGGGCCAGAAAAGUGUUCGGAGUCAGCGUAUGGGACGUCAAGGAACGCUGACGAAAUUGAACUCGAUUCCAGUUUCUCUGAAAAACCGUCCGCGUAUCCCGACGCCAGACGUGACGAAGGAAGUGGUGGACAGAGAGCAGCGUCUCGCGCUGUCGGCGAGCAACGCGGCCAACAUCGGUGCCGGAGUCGUGGGAGUGAUGCACCAGCUUCCGGCUAACGGUCACUACCCAGCGGACCUUCCGGUGGUCCAGGUGGUGUUGUCGCCGAUCCAGGAAUCGGAGGGUAGCCCGAAGGGCGCGGGCGGGAAGCCGGGAACGGCUGCGCUGGCGCAGGCGGUCCUUUCGCCGACGUUGACGAGCGCCGGUCUUGUGACGCCGGUCGCCCUGACGCCGGUGACGGUGAGUCAGCUGACGCAGCUGGGUUUCGUCACAACGACGUCGUCGCCGACGCUCCGUGUUGCGCAGCAGCCGGGAGGCGUGCAGGCAACUUUAACGGAGGUGAACUCGAGCGAAGAAGAAUCGGGGAGCAGCAGGAACGGCAGCAUCGCUGGUCGCGAGGAUCGGUCGACGCCUCUGAUCGGUGAGCGGCGCUGCAGUCCGACGGCGAGUCACGGAAGUUCUCCGGCUUUCGACUGCUUUACCGACCGAUCGCCGAUUCUAAUGAGUCCGGACAAACUGAGCGGUUAUAUCGUCACCGACGUCGUCGACGGACGCGGCAGACGAUCGGCUUCGCUUCCCGGUCCCCCUGUACCCCAGCCGAGGGAGGAUCGUAGCAUGUCGCUGCCCCAUUCGCCCGGCAUGCGUCAUCACCUUUACGCCACUCAGGUUAGCCCCGUUGCCGCCGAUCGGCUACUUCCGGUUCAGACGGAGAUACGCCAUCGCGCCGGAAGCUUCAGCAGGGAUCCACCGAAACCGCCCCCGGAAUUGCCGAGGAAAAUUAGCACCGCUUCGAACCCCAACAACUCGUCGAGCUCUAAUGGUAAUAAUUCUUCAAACCAGACCGGUAAUGCUCAGGUUCCCGGCAGCAAGAGAGGCGAGGUCUACGUUUGAUAUGCAUAUUAUAACCAAGUGUGUUACGAGGACCGUUCAGUCUGUAAUUUAGAUGAUAAGUUAUUAAAUUAUUGACAGUCUUUUUGUAAUUAUUAUUAUCAUUGAUUUUGUUGUUAUUAAUAUUAUUAUUAUUAUUUGAGGGACGAAUCUCUUAGCGUUAGAUUAUGCGACGGACGGAGGAAUUUAUACAUUUAAUAUCGAUCACGCUCGAGCUCUGUGUAAAUAUCGAAAUCCUAAUUUAUAUAUUAUGUGUAAUACGUUGUAUAACGCGCGAUCGGCAUGAACUGCUUUAUGUGUUGUUUUUUAUUUUCAUUUUUUUUUCUUUCGAUUCGUCCCAAAUCAAUUAGACGGCUAUACCUUUUGACGAUGGACAGUAUUGUCGCAAUGUGGGAAGUACGUUCAUAUAGGUAUAUAUAUAUGUAUAUGUAACAAUCAUAUGUAUAUGGAUUAUAACGUGCAGCGCGUGCAACGACGUCAUGAUAUUAUUAUGUGAUAUGAAUUUUAUAGUUAUAUUAUACACAUAUAUGUAUAUGUAUAUGUAUACAAUGUUGAUUAUACAUACAAAAUAAUAAUGAUUGCGUUUCAAAACGUCAUUAACGCGAAACGAAAAUUAUUUUUCUUUGUACAUUGCACUAUUACAUACAUGCAUAUUAUUAUACAUAUAGGAAUAAACGAGAUAUUAUAUAUGUAUAAAUUAUUUAUAGUUUUAUAUGUCAUAUAAUAUUGUCAUUGCAUAUGUGGAACGGAUAUAUCGCGCUCAAGAACGCGAGCUUAUUAAAUAACUCUCGCGAAUCAAAUCGACUGGUAUAUAAUGUAUAUUGUAAGUAUAUGGAGAUGCAUGAAAUGUAAUUCACGGCUACACGUGCAGUCGAUUUGCAGCGUUUGAUACUUUGAUUGUAAAUAUUUUCUAAGAACGGUAUCAAACGUCAAACAAAAAAAAAAAAAAGACAAAGUAUAUAGUUUCUCGACAUUUUGCCA